AUGUCAUCAGAUCCUAGGGAUAGCUGCACUGUUUAUAUUGGUAACUUUCACAUCUACCUUAACACAGUUGCUACAUUUCGACCAUUAGUCGAUUUCUUAAAAAUCUUCGGAGAAUCAGAGUUUUGCGUUUUCAAGUUUACAGGUAAUUUGGAUGAGCGAGUAAGCGAUAGGGUUUUAUACGAUAUACUUAUUCAAGCUGGUCGUGUAGUUGAUUUGCACAUUCCUCGAGAUAAAGAAACUGAUAAACCAAAAGGCUUUGCGUUUGCAGAAUAUGAAACAGAGGAGAUUGCUGAUUAUGCUGUCAGGCUUUUCACUGGGCUUGUCACCCUUUACAAUAAAACCUUGAGAUUUGGAAUAUCUGGACAAGACAAGGCCACCCUGAACUUGCAAGCACCAUCCAUGUCCAUGCUCACAUAUACUUCUACUUUUAAAUCAAGCCUCCAUGAAGAUGUUGGUAUGAGCCCUCUGUCACGAUAUGCACAAGAUGAAGAUUCAGGGUUGAAUAAAGACAAGGAGGUGGAAAUCUAGAGCACGAAGGUGUUAAUAGUAUCUUUUUGACAGUUUAAAAAGUUGCUUAUAUGAUCUUGUAUUUAGAAAUGUGUUCAUGCAUGGUUUUUUUUCCCAUGUAAAUAAAGUUUUGAUUUCUAUUGGAGAACUAAAAUGAUCUUGAUAAGUCCA